AGGAAGGAGGGGCGGGCUCGAGGCCGCGGCGGAGGAGGAACUUGUUGCGGCCGCGGCUGCGCUGUGCGGCUCCCUAAGCUCCAGUUCGCCGGGCGGGCGCGGUGCAGCGGUGGUGGCGGCGGCGGCGGCUGGGGCGCGGGGCCGGGGCGAUGCGGCGUUAUCUGCGCAUCGUGGUGCUGUGCCUGGCCUGCGGCUUCUGCUCGCUCCUCUACGCCUUCAGCCAGCUCGCCGUGUCCUUGGAGGAAGGGGCGGGCGGCGGUGGCGGGAAGCCGCAGGCCGCGGCGGCUUCCUGGCUCGCGGGCGGCGGACGCGGCGGCGCAAGAGGGGUGGGCAGCGUGGGCUCCGCAGCGCAUCCCGGCCCGUCAGACAGGUGUAAAGAUUUCUCUCUGUGUUACUGGAAUCCCUAUUGGAUGCUGCCCUCUGAUGUUUGUGGAAUGAACUGCUUUUGGGAAGCGGCUUUUAGGUAUAGUCUGAAUGUGCAGCCCAUUCAGAGAAUGCACCUCGCUGUGGUUGCCUGUGGUGAAAGACUGGAAGAAACUGUAACCAUGUUGAAGUCAGCUAUCAUUUUCAGCAUCAGACCUCUUCAGUUCCAUAUUUUUGCUGAAGAUCAACUACAUGAUAGUUUUAAAGGCAUACUUGAUAGCUGGUCAUUUCUGCAGACAUUUAAUUAUUCAUUAUACCCAAUAACUUUUCCAAGUGAGAAUGCAGCGGAGUGGAAAAAGCUUUUUAAACCUUGUGCUUCCCAGAGAUUAUUCUUGCCAUUAAUCCUGAAAGAAGUUGACUCACUAUUGUACGUCGACACUGAUAUCCUUUUUUUACGGCCCGUUGAUGAUAUUUGGUCUUUACUAAAGAAAUUUAAUUCCACACAAAUUGCUGCAAUGGCGCCGGAACAUGAAGAGCCACGAAUAGGGUGGUAUAAUCGCUUUGCCAGGCAUCCAUAUUAUGGAAAAACUGGAGUAAACUCUGGAGUUAUGUUGAUGAACAUGACUAGAAUGAGAAGGAAAUAUUUCAAGAAUGACAUGACAACUGUACGGCUGCGAUGGGGAGAUAUACUUAUGCCAUUGCUUAAAAAAUACAAACUUAACAUCACAUGGGGGGAUCAAGAUCUGUUGAAUAUCAUCUUUUUUCAUAAUCCAGAAAGCCUUUUUGUUUUUCCGUGUCAAUGGAAUUAUCGACCAGAUCAUUGUAUAUAUGGAAGCAAUUGCCAGGAAGCAGAAGAAGAAGGAAUCUUUAUUCUUCAUGGGAACAGAGGUGUUUACCAUGAUGAUAAGCAACCAGCAUUUAGAGCCAUUUAUGAAGCACUGAGAAAUUGUUCUUUUAAAGAUGACAACAUCCGUUCCUUAUUAAAACCUUUAGAACUGGAACUACAAAAGACAGUCCAUACGUACUGUGGAAAAAUUUACAAAAUAUUUAUCAAACAGCUAACAAAAAGCAUACAAGAUCGUUAUGAUAGACCACCAAAGGAAAGGUGAUCCUUGGUGACCGUUAAAUCAAAUGAAUUAAAACAACAAAAUAUCAGAGGACAUGUGUGAAGAAAUGGUCUUGGAUGAAGUGUUCAGGAAGGAAUUAUUCAUCUUCAGAAUAAUUGUUUCUCCUGAAGAAGUUAAAUGAGUAUAUAUAUUCAUGUAAUGAAGAAUAAAUUAAAGUCUUGAACUCCAGCAAGAAGACAUUUUUGAUACCUGAUGUUUUGUAAUGUUAUUUGCUGUCAAUACAGUAUUGAUGAAAAUAUUAUUGAAUGGUUUGUAGCCUACAGACUUUGGUUGACUCUUCUCAAGUGAGUAGGGACAGUAGGGGUGUAUGGAUGGAGAAAAUGUACCUCAUACACAGUGGAAACAUUCAAACUGUGAGUAUAGCAAUAAUUUUAUGUCAGCACUAACCUCACUUUAAAUGUGUGACAGAAAGUUUACAGGAACAGAACAGGUUCUGUUUCUAAAGCAAUGUGAUGUAACCGAUGUAACCAUUGACAAUCGAUGUGUGCCUUUAUACAUUUCAUCUCUGUUUUAAAAUAUUCCUGUGACAAUCAUGUUUAAAAUUAGAUUAUAAGUAAGCUGCAUGUUUAAAAUUGAGCUAUAUAAGAAAGUGGGAAAACCAUAAAAAUGUUGGAGUUUUAGUCUGUGUGUGUUUGUGAAGUGUAGUAUUUUCAUUUGUGUAUGUUAACCUGUGUUGCCAAAACUCAAAUCUGAGAUUGUUAAGAUAUUUUUGGAAAUUUUCAUCACUUUAAAUGAAAAUUUUCAGCUUUACUGGGCAUUCUGGAAGCAAAAAGUAGCUGAUCAUAAAGUGAGAACCUAACUAGUAUACUUACGUGAUUGUGGAAAAUGUGAUGGACCAAAAGGCAUAAGCUAUAUACUUCCUGUGAACAGUCAUUUUAGUUACAAUGAAGCAGAAAAAAGUGGUCGAUUUAAACUUUUUUCUUCUACCUCAGAAUGGCUUUACAAGAUACUUUGAAGAAGCAAAUGUAGAGAGCCUUACUUUAAGUCAGUUAGACAAUGUUCAUGAUGAUUUGGAUUAAGAAGAUUGUUAUAUCUGAGUAUAGAAAAAGUAGUUUUGAUUGGGUUAAUAUGCAUAUCUUCCUUUUUUGAACAUUACUUAAGACUUUAAUCUCGAAGAUAAGAAAAAUAUUACUUCUCUUAGUGUUCUUGACUGCUCUCUAACAUGACUAUAGAUUCUGAGUACUUAGCAUGUACUGUGCUGUGGCAUAUAUCUCAUCUUAUUAGGUGCUACGUGGUUAUUCUCCUUUUUCCUUUUCUGAUAUCUUAAUGCUUAAGUAGAGAAGGAAAAAUCUGAAGGAAAAAAAAAAAAACUUAUGUGAAAAAAGUGGUGAUCGGCUUUAUAAAGAUAGAGUGUCCUCUGUGGAGACAUGGCAUAUGCAGAAAGACAUGGUCAGUGCAGUUGUCCCCUGUCUUUUGCAGUUCAAUCAGGGCAAACUGAGAGAGGAAGGUGUAAAAAAAGGCAAAUUAGAAGUUGAUAACCAGCCCAGCACUCUUUGAACAGAUGCGUUUAGAGAACACAAUCUGUAUGUCCUUGGCAGAAUGCCAUGGUGAAUAUAAGCACUUGUGAACUGUGCUGAUAAUUGAGUUUACUGAGUAGAGAAUUAGAAUCCUAGGAUUUUGAAGUUUGGAGGGUAUAUAUAAGAUCAUUUCUAAUGGUCGCCGAAAGAACUUUGCCUGUCUAGAUUAGACUCUCGUGGAGAGCUUGUUGAGCAUGGAUCCCCGGGCUUCCCCUUAGACUUCUUGGACACUGUGUCUAGGAUAGGGGCUGCAAAUGUUUUUUUAAUGAAGAGAUUUUAAAACUACAUAAAAGUAGAACAGUACAGUGGUACUCAUCGCCCAGAUUAAACAUUAAAUAUCUUACCAUAUUUGUGUCAUGUAUUCCUUUUCCCUUCGCUGAAAUAUCUUAAAGAAAAUGCCGGAUAGCCUGUUAUUUCACUGCUAUGAGUGCUUUGGUAACUACAAUGACAUCAUACCUCCUCUGACUUCAUUUACUAUCCAUUCCUAAGCAAAUUUCCUUAAUUGUCUCCAGUGUUAGUGUGCAAAAAUAAGUCAUCUUAUGAUUCUAUUUUUAAUAAGCAUCUCAGAUGAUUUUGAUGUCAGCUAGUUUGGGAAAUACUGGGAAUCGUUUUGCCAAGUUGAAGUUAGGAUACCAUAAUUCUUGGCACAGUUAGAUUAUAAAUGUGAUUCUGAAAUAUUAGAGGAAUUGGGGUUAUUGGCAAGAUAUGAACUUAUAUUAUUAGUAAGUUUCUUAGGUUUAAUUUCCUCAGUGAACAGAGAAUCUCAGCCCCAUUGGCUCUAAUAAAGUGGGUUGGGGCUAUGUAGUGUGUGGUCAUAAUUUAAUCCAGCUGGGCUGUAUAUCUCUUUUUUCAUGUUGUGGCUUAUUUACACUGUCACACACUCCACAUUGUGGAUCAGUUAGAAGGUUUUCAUCUGGUUUUAUUCAGACCUGACCUAAUUGGGCAUUUUACCAUAAAUUGGGAUAUGGUGAAAACUUUCUACUUAGGGACUAUAUUUACCUAAAAUUUAGGAUAUCACAGAAAGUCCGUAACAAUAGUAAAAUGAGUUUUCUGAAUUUAUCUUUAGAUAAGGUAACUUUUUCUAUGAGAAUGCUUAAGAAAUGCAGUUCUCAGCAUUAAUGAGGUUAAAUUUAUAGAACAACUUAGAGAAUAUAUUUCUUUUCAUAAAACGGUAUAUCUAUGCAGUUAUAUAAAUUACAUUAUAUAUUCUUUGAGUCUUUGUAUUAGAACAAUUCUGACCUCAGAACUAUCUCUGGGCUACAGUAUUACCAAAGUGGAAUGACUUUAAAAUGUAGUCAUAUUUCAUUUGUAUGAAAUAGCCAUCUUAAAAGAACUUGGAAAUCUUUAGAAAAUAUAUAUUGUGAUUUACAUUUUAAAGCAAUAUGUAACUUUUUUUUUCCCCCUGUGAAGAAUAGUUCAUAAUGUAUAAGGUAACCCAGUUAUCUUUUGGACACUUUAGAACCUGAAAUAAUAUUACCGCUUACUCAUUGCUCUUUCAUCUCGCCUCCUGUCAGAUGUUACUGGUAUAAUGGCAAAAAACCAGUCUGUGUAUUAUAUCUGGAUUCUUUUCUUGGAUGGGAACCUCAGGCAUAUCCUUUCACCUUCUCUGUGCCUUAGGUUUGUAAACAAUCGAUAUGCUCUUCCAACCUCAUGAGUCUCAGAAGUCGUAAGUCAGAAAGUUACAUGACUCAACAGAGAUAAUGGAUCUGAAUGCAUUCUACAUGGCUAAUACAUGCCACACACAAGCAUUAGUGUUGAAGUUCUGUUUUGCUUCCUAUACAGAUCAUUCUGUUUCCUUAGGGUGAAUGUUUUCUGACAUGUAUUAUAUCUCCAGUAAGAAUUUGCUUAUAUUAUGUAAGGAGGAGUUUUUAAGGAAGAGAAAGCAGAGAAGAAAGGAGUGAUUAUAAAUGAAUGAUCAAAAAAAAAAAAAAAAAAGGAAGGAAAAGAGAGAAAGUGAGGAAAGUGAGGAAAGAGAAGGGGAUAAAAGUGAGAAUGGCAAAAGGCAGAGUAAGAGAAAAGAUGGAAUGAGAGUGGGAAAAUCGAGAAGUGGAGGUGGAGAGAAAUGCUGUGGAAACUGUCACUUUUUGAGUUGUAGGCCCCCCACCCUGUGCCCCUGUCUGCCUGCCUUCUGUUUUCAGUUUGUGAGGCCCUCCGGGGUCAGGAAGGGUACUGGCUUUCAUGGAGGCAGCAGCACAACUACUUUGGUUUGAUUCGUCAAUACUAGAGUCCUGUUGCAGUCACUCUACUCACUGAUCUAAUUUAGUGAUAAUGAUUCAACAUUGUAUUUCUUGACUGGAUCCCAGUCAGUUGUUGGAUUAUACAAGACUAACCACCGGGAUUCACAGGGGAGUCCAGGGUGGAGGGGACGGCUCAGUUAGGUUGGAAGGGGCCCCAGGAAUCUGUUAACAGUUUUCCAGAGGAUACUGAUAGGAAGCCAGAUUUGGGAAUCACUGCCCCCCCCGCCCCCGAAUGGCAGUAGAUCACAUCUGUUGAUUCCUUAGUAGGCAUACUUUCAGUGGAACAGUUAUAAAUGGAUUCAAGAGAUGAGCAGACAGGAGAAACACAUUGAAGGGAAAAGCCUGAAAAGAUAAUUUUCAGAAGUUUGUAUUGUAAGUAAUAAAUACCUUAAUAGUAAUCAGAACCUCUUUGAAGUGUUUUAGAAAGAUCAUGGAUCUGUUGUUUUUUUUUUUUAAAUACCUUUUUUGGUUCCUUAGAGUAAAUAGAGAAGGAUAGUAGUGGUGCAAUAGGUCAGGUAUGGGGCCAAUUAUCCAUUUAUUAAAUGUACUUUCAAGUGUCUUAAAACAACAGUUGCCUUAUUGCAUUUUAAUAUUUAAUAAAAGUAGAUUAAUGAUUUGUACUGUAACAGUUAUCCUUUUUACAUUGCCAAAGCAACCCUUUUUUGCCUCUUAAAGUCUGGCUAAGUUGUUCCAGUGUUCGCUGUUCCCUAAUUCACUGAACAGAAAACCAGAUUUCUAAAAUCAAGUUAUAUAAACUUAACUCUAAGAGGUGGCACAGGAAUGUUGUUUUUUUUUUUUAAACUAGAAUAUGAUGUUAAUUCAAAUGUCUAGGAAUUAGAGAACCAUGAAAAGAAUAUGGAAUAGCAUGUUGGACUAGGCAAUUUAAAAUUGAUUAAAAUAAAUGUCGAAUUUACCUUUAAAUGGAAAACAAUGUAUUGUCACCUCAUUUCUACCAAUAAUUCCAAAUGUCUAACGGGAUUAUUUCUUUAGAAUUUACAUAAACUCGGUUUUUAAACAAAAAAGUGCCUUUCAAAAGGGGAAAAAAAAGAAAGGAAAAUUUCUCUUAACUACCAAUACUGUGAAUGCUAUUUGGAGGGUCUGUGGUCAGGCAUUUUAAUAUCAAACUUAAGAACUGAUGUGGAGCCUUUGCUUAUGUUUGGUUUAUACAUACAAUCUGAAUUUGUGAGCAUAUUCGCACACAUAAUACCAUAGCAACUCCUUGUAAAACAUGAAGAGAACGCAACAGUGUUAUAUUCCAUUUAAAAAGUAAAUUGACUUUGACUGUGAUGGCAAAUAGCUGUUUUCAACUUUGUAUAAAAUCUCUUCAGGGAAUAUUGGAAUGUUAUGCAAAAAUACAGUUCAGGGCUUGUUGUAUACCCACAGAGUAUGUCAUCCAUUCAACACUUAGCAGAACCCACAUGCAUAAUAUGCAUUGUCAUCAGUAUUUGAGAGCUGGACCAUUGGUUUUUGAUGGAUGUUGUAACAAAAGAUCUGUGAAGGAGGUCGUGGUUUGUACCUCUUCCCAAAGUAAAAAACUGGAAAAGUUGCAAGUGUUUCAGUUUUUCACAGGCAUUUUGCAUAAAUAUAUUAAUAUUUUCAGUAGUAAUGGUUCUAAAGCUGCAGGAAGGCAUGUUGGUAUACUGUGACAUGUAGAAAUUACUACCUUUAAACUGCUUUUUACCUUAAAAUAUUAUGAUUUUAGGAUAAUUUGGAUAUCUUCCUCCAAGUAUUUUGUGUAUCUUAAAAUUUAUUAAAGGGGAAUAAGAUUCUAGAUUUGGGUGUAACCUGAGAAUAAUGGAAAUUGCUUUGUUCUGUAUUGGGGGAGUUCAAGUCACCUUUUUCUUGAGAAACUGUAUUGCUGUUGCUAAAUAAAUAUGUACUCCAUAAAUGUUUAAUUUCUUCAAA